GGCGCACCGACCCCGCGUGCGGCUGCAGCCAGACCCCAGGAGUGAAGUCGCACCCGCGCUUCUGCAGCCGCUGCUUUUCUGCGGCAGUUUCGGACUUGUCUUCGGAGAGACCUGGGAACUUUCACAGUGAGCCUGCGGAGGUGAUGGGCCACAGCCGGGGCGCCCGCGGGGAGGUGGCACGGUGAGCAUCCUCCGGCUGCGGUGCCGAGAUCCGUGCCUCGUCCUGGACGCGCCAGCCCAACUUGGAUGCGGCUCUAGUCAAGUUUUUCCAAGCUAAGAUAAUUUUUUGGAACUGCAGAAAUUGUUGGCCCUUGCUACAAAUGGGAAUUUGGAGUUGCUUUGAAAUCCAUCCUGAAAUAAUUGUGCUUGACUGGAACCAAAUCUUAUGAAGUCACCAAGGAUGAGAGUUUGUGCUAAGUCAGUGUUGCUGUCACAUUGGGUCUUUCUGGCCUAUGUGUUAAUGGUGUGCUGUAAGCUGAUGUCCGCCUCGAGCCAGCACCUCCGGGGACACGCAGGUCACCACCAAAUCAAGCAAGGGACCUGUGAGGUGGUCGCUGUCCACAGGUGCUGUAACAAGAACCGCAUAGAAGAGCGAUCACAAACAGUCAAGUGCUCCUGCUUCCCAGGGCAGGUUGCUGGCACAACGCGGGCUCAGCCUUCUUGCGUUGAAGCUUCCAUCGUGAUUCAGAAAUGGUGGUGUCACAUGAAUCCUUGCUUGGAAGGAGAGGAUUGUAAAGUGCUGCCAGAUUACUCAGGUAACACGGUAGCGAAGAGAGGUAUGCUUAAUCCUGGAGGAGCGACAGGAUGCAGAGGUCUCUUAAUUGGAUUACUGUCCUGGCUGGUUUGGGGGAAAUUGUCUCGGAUUUCAGCAACAUCACAUUCGCAUGUGUGUGCUAUAAGGAGUGUCAUUUACUUAACUGUUUCAGCCCUCUCCGCUUCAUGAUUUUAUUACAUUGAAUUGUAGCUAUGGGCUGCCACACAAUUCACAUCCUCUCUGGAUCCCGAGGAACAUACCUCCAAGAAACCCUGGAGGAACAAAGCAGAGACUUAAAAAUGGAUCUCCACUGGGCCUUCCAUGUCUUUCUGCCUUCACAAAGGAACAUGGACGGGUUCACAGGGUCCUUAUUCUGUUCCUCUUUUGAACGUUUCCUUUAGCCCUUGCAUUAAAGUGGUUUGAAAGGGAUCUCAGUACCAAAACAUUUUGGCAAAACAUAUUUGCAGAUAUAGAUUAAUGAACUCUGAUUAACUGGUGAAGAAAAUUCAUUUUAUAAAUCUCGAUGAAUAGACUUAUCGGGGUUAUUGUGUGUGUAUUUGUAUUUUUGCUUUAGAAGGAUUUAAAUUUUUGCAUUUUAAGUUCUAUUGUCAGGUUAGCAGAAAUAAAAUAACAUUUUAACUUCUGUGCACCAUUUUACUGAGUGCUAAGGAAAUAUAUCUCAACUCUAAUAUUUUAUAACUGAAGCUUGAUCAUGACAUAUUCACAAAAGAAAUAAAACCUGUUGAGAUUUUUAUGGCUUAGGUGUAGUCAGUCAUAAAGGUAAAUCACUUAAAAUAUAAAACAGUCUCUGUUAGAUCAAGGGUGAUUUCUAAGAUCCAGUUUGUGUCAAAUGUAUUAAAAUAUUUUGUUUGAAAUGUUGAAUUUUUAGGCUGUAAAUGAUUUAUUCUUAGCUGUUCUCUCAUUUGUUAGUUGUUUUAUUUCUUUAAAUGUAAGUAAAAUCUGAGUCAUUUUUUUCUUGGUUUAAUGAUUUUGCAGCAGACGUGUGUCCACAUAUUCUCAGAUGCUGUCAUGCAGAAAUAUAUUACAGAUGAAAAGUGACUGACCCAGAUUUUAAAUGCAUAAUGUCAUUAAAACACAUACUACUGUAAUAUAGGAUUUUAUAUAUUAAGAAAUGCCAAAAACAUCCUUUCUGCACUGUUAAUUGUCCCUGUCCUUUCACAACUGGGGGGGAGGGAGAGAAUAUUACUAUAACAUUUAUAGCAGUAACAAUUACAUCUACUUGAUUUUAGUCUUGCAAAAGGAAUGGAAAUAGGGGACAUCGAUUUGUUGGCUAACUUUGUUUGAAUUUGACGGGAUGCUUACUAGAAUUAUUAUUGUCCUAUUAGUAAGUAAAAAAUUCAUUCUGCUGAUGGCACAUAAGUUUUUGUGAUUAUUUUAUUGCCUUAAGACUUCAUGUUAAUACCCUAGGCUUGCAAAUUUUAAAUGC